GGAUCAUCUUGACAAUUCAGCUUCUCCAGCAAUUAAAUAGUAAACCUACAACAAUCUCAACACACCUUUCAACACCUGCUAUGAAUAUGUUAAUGCCAUAUCCUCACUGAUCUUCGCUCUGGCAGGAUCAAUGUAUUCAGCAUCACUUGAACUCCCGCAAAUCUCAAAUCAGAGCUCAAUGGAAAGAGCCGAUCGUGAACCCGAAACAGCAAACACAAUAAAGACAGCGGCAAGUGUCCACACAAUGCGCACUCGAAAUACUGGAGCGUCGACGUCGGGAUCUAGGGUUCCUCAUGAACGAGGCUAUCGCAAAUUAGCGACCUUCAUGACCAAAGUUGACGACGUUGUAAUAUUUAGGCGAUUUUCAAAGCUAAAUAUGCUCAACUUAUUGAGAUUACAAGCCGAACUGGCAAGUCUCGAACUCAGUUAUGAAGCCGCCUGCAAUAUAGAUGACGACAGCAAAGACUCACAAGAAAGGGGAUUCACGCAAAGCUUUUAUGAACUGCGAGAGUUCGGACAGAUAUCCCCCGGCUCACAACUGGAACUGCUAGAUAGAAUUAACGAUACACUUCACAAGUAUAAUAGCGCAUUAUUACAAGUAUCUCAAGUUCUCCGGCUGGAUAAGCCCGAUAGAUAUGACCUUGAAAGGCUUCACGAAUGGUUGAGAGAUAAAGAUCAGGGUGCAUUGUUUCUUCACACACCAGAGGAAGAAAUAUGGGGCAAAUUAACAGGUUCGGAUGCGAAAACCAAUAUUUCAGAUCAAGUGACUCUUAUUCAGAGAGAAAGUGGGUUUUCGCGAGGGGUUAUUCUUACUCUCGUCUCUCUUUAUGAUCUCAUAUGGGGACGUCAUCGAAAGAAAACUAAAAGAGUGGAUGUUGAACGGAAUCAAACGUAUUACCCCGAAUCUAACGUUAGAGCGGCCGCUAAAGUGCUCACUUCGGUUCUUGCCUCCCUCUUUCCGGGGAUUGUGAUAUUGGCGUUAUAUCUCAUCGAUACCACAUUGAAACGAAUAGGCGCUAUGCUUUGCUUUACCACGUUUUUUGCAUUUGUCCUUUCAUAUUGGACGUCAGCAAAGACAAUCGAAGUGUUUGCUGCGACAGCUGGAUUUGUCGCUGUAGAAGUUGUGUUUAUUGGAAGUGCGAGUACCAAAUGAGCAGCAACUUACUUGCCACAGAACAUGUAUUCCGAAUUGGAUUUGGUUUGACCGUUGGGGAGACAAAUAAUUAUGUAUUUGCAGUAUAGCUAUUACAAUGAACAGGAGGAAGAAGAAAUAAAAAUCAACGGGAUUGAACAGAUUUAAGUUUAUCAGAAGAGGGAGAAGGAGGGGGGAAGAAGAAUUGAAGAUUCAUGUGUUGAUAUCAUGGUGAUUUUCUGCAUACGUGAAUCACUUGUGUUGGUACGAGAAGGAUACGGAAGACGUAGCACCCACGAUUGCGUAGGUCCUGUAAGUCUAAUUGCAUUCUAUCUAAAGAGCUAGCUAUGUACAGGGAAUAGAGGGUCUUAUAUAGACCUACUAAAAGAGCUAGUCUCUUUCGCAUUCGCUUAGGGUUUUACUACAGUAGCCAUUGAAUUGAAGUCAUUCACUA